AGAAUGAAGAUUGUUAUUAUUUUAUAUUAAUUUACAUAUUGUAAACUUCUCCCACAAAUACGUUGAAAUAUUUAGCAUAGCAACAGCUGAGAUUUUUUGAGAGUAACACAUGUUUUAUCAACGUGUUUUAUUUUUUUAACGCGGCAUUUUAUAAUUUCUAUUAUUUUUUAUCUAUAUAGUAUCAAAUUAUGUAAUAUGAAAAAGGUCUUGUUUUGUACCUAAAUGGAAAGCACCUAAGUUAAAAUAUGUUCUUCUUGAUGUUUGCUAUACAACUUAUUUUUAACUAACAUAUGUAAAUACAGUGUAUAUGAAACUCAUUUCAGAAGUUCUUAUGCAAUAUUUUUGAUUUUGUUAUUGAAAAAAAUCUUUUUGCUCGAUGAUGUUUAAAUUUUAUGAAUAGACAUAAGAAUUGAUCACCUUAAUAUAAAUAGGGCCGAUGGAUAUGUUGGACAGUGAUUUUUAUGUUGAAAUAGUUAUAAGAUACUUGGAUGGUGACGACAAUUUGGAGCUUGUGAGUGAUUUAUCUAAAACAGAAAUACAAACUGGAGUGUGGUGGAAACAUCUUGUAGCAGGUGGAUUUGCUGGAGCUAUUAGCCGUAGCUGCACAGCUCCAUUAGAUCGUCUAAAAGUUUUUUUACAAGUCCAAACUUCAAAACGGAGAAUCUUUGAAUGCUUCGGUUACAUGUAUAAGGAAGGAGGAAUAAAAAGUUUUUGGCGUGGAAAUGGCAUAAAUGUGUUAAAAAUAGCACCAGAAAGUGCGAUAAAAUUUUCGAUUUAUGAACAUAUGAAACGUUUGAUACGUGGAGAUCAAAACAGAUAUAUGAAUAUGUCAGAACGUUUUUUAGCAGGUUCAAUUGCAGGUGGAGUCAGUCAAACUAUAAUUUAUCCGUUAGAGGUUCUGAAAACCAGAUUAACACUUAGUAAAACCGGACAAUACUCAAGCAUAAUUGAUGCAGUGAUAAAAAUGUAUACCCAAGAAGGCUUUUUGAGUUUUUACAGAGGUUAUAUUCCAAAUAUGCUAGGCAUAUUACCGUACGCUGGCAUUGAUUUAUGUGUUUAUGAAACAUUGAAACGUAAAUAUGUCCAUAACACUAAGACCGAACCGAGGAUUUGGGUUCUAUUACUUUGUGGAGGCACAUCCAGUACUUUAGCAAUAAUGGGUACUUAUCCUCUAGCCUUGGUCCGAACACGUUUACAAGCUCGUUUUUUUUCAUCUUCACCUCAAAUUUCAAACGGAAAUCUUUCAGAUAGUAAAAUGACAGCUGCAUUUAAGCAUAUCAUUAAGACAGAAGGAAUAACAGGUCUUUAUCGAGGGAUAUUGCCGAAUUUCAUCAAAGUUUUGCCAGCAGUUUCUAUUAGUUAUGUUGUGUACGAAUAUUUAUCUAAAUCAUUAGGAAUAAAAAUGACGUAAUGUUGAGAUAUUAUUUAUAAACAUAUGUGUGAAAUUAAUUGGAGAUCUUCGCGAUUUAUCACAUUGACCCUUUAAUUGGGAACACAUAAGUAAAUUAUUUACUUAUGUAGUAUUAAUAUUUUGUGUACACUAAUUAUUAAAAUUUGUUUAUUAAUCAAUCUAUUGAAAAAAAAGAUGUAAGAAAAUUCGUAUAAAUAUAAAUAAGAAUAUAAAAUGUUAGCACACUUUAAUAUCAUUUUAAAACUUAUAAAAAAAAAUAGAAUAAUGAUAAAUAAAAAAAUGCGCAUGAUUUCAGAAGCCGGUGCUUUGAAACAAAUACGUAUGUAUUCCAUUUUCGUCAAGUUUGUAUAGCAUAACAUACAAAUAUAAUCAUACUCAAUGUCGAUUAUAACAAUAUAUACAAAUAUGCACAUAGUUUACAUGCUUACAACUUUAGUAUUUGUUUGGUCGUUAUUCUGAAAGGAACUUCGAAAAUUAUUAAAAACGAAGAUUAUAAAAAUUUAAAGUUUGGUUUGCUGUGUAAAAGACUCCUUUAAAUAUUUUAAAUAAAAAGUGAAAAAAAAUCAAAAAGGCAAGAAAAAGAUAUUUCAGUUCACGAUAUAACAAAAAAAGGAAAAUUAUCAAUUAUUUCAUAGGUAAUUUGAACGUAUAUAAUUAAACUAUUUUAAUAAAUAAAAACUUAUUUUUAUCAUUCAAAUUUACAUUUACUUUCAAAUUAUUUACUCGUACUGUAUGUAAAUAUUAAAUUAUUCUUAGAGGUAUUCUUUAAACAUUUGUUUAAAUUUUUUUGUCUAACUAAAUUGACAGUUAAAGGAUAAAAUGACGCCAUUAUUGUGCGUGCGCUCAUACUCGUUGAAUUAAAUUUUAUAAACGUUGUAAAUACUAUCUUGAAAUUUGUUUUAGAUA